ACUUACUAACAUCCACACCAGCUUCUUGCGCAUGCAUAUACUUAUCUCUAGCUGACUGGAUAUUGCUGUUGUGGCCCCGUUAGCCGGUCAUGGAUCUAGUAAACCACCUAGAAGGCCGCUUGCUCUUCGCAGUCCCCAAGAAGGGCCGCCUUUCCCAAGCAAGCUUGAACCUCCUCGAAGGAGCCGACAUCCAAUUCAAGCGCGAAAACCGCCUUGACAUAGCGCUAGUCAAGAACCUCCCCAUUGCCCUCAUCUUCCUCCCUGCGGCCGAUAUCCCCACCUUUGUUGGCGAGGGCCGCGUGGAUCUGGGUAUAACGGGCUAUGACCAAGUGCAGGAGCACGAUGCCGGCGUCCGGGCCGUCGCCCACGCGCGCCGCCUGAGCAACGCGGGGGAACGAGAUGGAAGCACCAAGCCCCAAGGCUGCGACACAGUCAUGGAGCUCGGCUUCGGCUACUGCCGCCUGCAGGUCCAGGUCCCCGCCAACGGGCCCUACACCGAGGGCAAGGACCUGAUCGGCAAGAACAUUGCCACGAGCUUUGUCCACCUCACCCAGGAGUACUUUGCUCGCCUGGAGCUGGAGCAGCAGGGUGUGACCGACACGACCCAGCUGGCUGGGAGGAAGCUCCGCACCAAGAUCAUCGAGCUCGGCGGGAGCGUUGAGGCGGCGUGCGCCUUGGGGGUGGCCGACGGCAUUGUUGAUCUUGUUGAAUCCGGGGAGACCAUGAAGGCGGCCGGUCUCAAGGCAAUCGACAUGGUGCUCGAGACGUCGGCGCUGCUGAUCAAGUCCAAGGCGCCCAGCAACCCGGAGCUGGUCGAGCUCAUUGCCAACCGCAUCCGCGGCGUCAUCACGGCGCAAAAGUACGUGCUCUGCCAGUACAACGUGCCCCGGACCAAGCUGCACGACGCGACCAAGAUCACCCCGGGCAAGCGCGCCGCCACCGUGACGACGCUCGACGAGGAGGGUUGGGUCGCCGUCAGCGCCAUGGUUGAGAAGAAGAACAUUGCCGUCGUUAUGGACGAGCUCGUCAAGGUUGGCGCCACCGACGUCCUGGUGUUGGAUAUCCACAAUACUAGGUAGUGACUAGUCAGGGCAAUGGUCCCCGCCGAGUAAAAAGAGAAAUUACGUUUGGCAUCCACUAGAGUGUCCUUCGAAUAUCUUGUCGCGAUCCUGGUCUUGCUGGGAAAUUGGCGGACUCGCAUCAAGCAAUAUCUAUUCCGUUCAGCUUGCUCCUGAGAACACUCAACAAGUGUGGUGAGAUGGCUGCCAUACGAUGGAGUCGGAUCGACAAGCAUAAACUCAGACACAAACAGGCAUACAAACUUUAGUUAUUGCUCCCCAAUAACAACAACACCAUGUUCCGGGACAACUAACGCCAUUACCCAAGAGGAUAGUCAGCGAAUCAAG